AUGGAGGAGAUGCCACAGCACCGUCUGUCCAGAUUGCCAGACAACUCUGCCCUGAAGCAGCAGAAGUUGCCUGCCCACCGGCUACAUUUCACAACCACGAGAGUCCUCUUUGUCUUUUUCACAACGGGAAUAUUCUGCCUUUGUAUGGGCAUCAUCCUUAUGUUGUCUGCAAGGAGAACUCAGGAGAUAGAGAUUAAUUACACAAGAACAUGUGCAAAUUGUGCAAAACUGCGGGAAACUGCCUCUAAUUUUGACAAAGAAUGCACCUGCUCGAUUCCCUUUUACCUUUCAGAAAAAAUGAAGGGUAAGGUUUAUAUGUACUACAAAUUGCAUGGCUUCCAUCAGAACCUGUAUCGAUACAUUCGAUCCAGAAGUAAUAGACAAUUGGUGGGCAAAGAUGUGAAAGCUGUUGAGAACUGCUACCCAUUUAAAACAUCCAACAAUGACACCCCCAUUGUUCCUUGUGGUGCUAUUGCCAACAGCAUGUUCAAUGACACCAUCAUUCUUUCAUACAACAUUAAUUCCUCUGUACAAAUCAAAGUGCCAAUGCUAAAGACUGGACUUACAUGGUGGACAGAUAAGUAUAUCAAAUUUCAGAAUCCAAGUCUCAAGAAUCUUGCUGAUGAAUUUAGAGGAACCACAAAGCCCCCAAACUGGCCCAAUCCUAUCUAUGAGUUGGAUAAAAAGGAUCCAAGAAACAAUGGCUUCCUCAAUGAAGACUUAAUCGUGUGGAUGCGGACAGCUGCCUUCCCCACUUUCAAAAAACUGUACGGCCGACUCAAUCAAACACACCAUUUCAUAGAAGGCUUGCCUGCUGGCAGUUACAGUUUCAACAUAACCUAUAAUUUUCCAGUAACCAGGUUCCAGGGAGAAAAAUCCGUUGUUCUUUCUACCCUGACGUGGUGUGGAGGGAACAGCCUUUUCUUAGGUCUUGCCUACACAGUGACAGGAGCUACGGCAUUGUUGGCCGCCUUUGCCAUGAAGGCAAUUCACAUGAUGCUGAAAAACAAGCAAAUGUCCUUCUUCCAUCAAUAA